CAUAUUUUGAGCCAAGAAUUUCAGUCAUUACAAUUGUCAAUUAUUUACAAUCAGAUUAUCUUUUUAAAAUUAUUUAGGCUACAAAUCCAUUAUUUGUUUUACGAAUUUUACAAUGGCAGCUUUUCCCAAAGAAUCAAUCAAUAAAACAAUACAACAAGAUUGGGCUAAUCGUGAAUAUAUUGAAAUCAUAACGGGCAGCAUUAAAAAAAUUGCCGAUUUUCUUAAUUCUUUUGAUCGUUCAUGUCGUGGUCGUUUAGCAGAAUUGAAUGAAAAAUUAACAAGCCUCGAACGUAGUAUCGAACAUUUUGAGGCAAAAGUUUCCAAUAGUGAAUUAGCACAACAGCAGCAACCUCAACAAUCGAAUUCCAAUGUUAAUACAACAAUUAUGGCAACUAAUAAACCUUCAACAUGAUUUUUUAAUCAAAUAAAAUUUUUAUUUCGAAAAUUUAUUAUAAUCAUUCAAACAUUUCAAUAAUAACAUUAAUUUAUAACUGGAUAUUCCGCGAAACAUACAACACCGAAUUUGAAUUACAUUUACAAAUUAUUAAAAUAAAUGAAUCCUA